CUCUAGCACGCCAGACUUUCUUGUGCCCGCGACUCCUGGUUAAGUUGGAAAAUAUCCUAAAAUAACGCUAAGAAAAGCAUUUUAAUUUGAUAUUAGGCUAAUUAAUAAAGAAAGACGUGCCAUGUCGUCCGCAGCCAAGCCGGCGACAAGCGCUGGCAGCGGAAGCUCCACGUCUGCAGCUGCUGCCUCUGCAGGCGCUGCUUCAGCAUCAGCCUCGGCAUCGUCGUCCAACGUGCAGGAGUUCAAGAUCCGGGUACCCAAGAUGCGCAAGAAGCACCACGUGAUGCGGUUUAACGCCACCCUGAACGUGGAUUUCGCCCAGUGGCGUAAUGUGAAACUGGAGCGGGAGAACAACAUGAAGGAGUUCCGAGGCAUGGACGAGGAUCAACCCAAAUUCGGCGCCGGAUCUGAGUAUAACCGGGAUCAGCGCGAGGAGGCGCGUCGCAAGAAGUUCGGCAUUAUUGCACGCAAAUACCGUCCGGAGGCGCAGCCUUGGAUCCUGAAAGUCGGGGGCAAGACCGGCAAGAAGUUCAAGGGCAUCAGGGAAGGCGGCGUUGGCGAAAAUGCCGCCUUCUAUGUAUUCACACAUGCUCCGGACGGAGCGAUCGAGGCAUAUCCCCUGAAUGAGUGGUACAACUUCCAGCCUAUUCAGCGCUACAAGUCCCUGUCCGCGGAGGAGGCUGAACAGGAGUUUGGGCGGCGAAAGAAGGUGAUGAACUACUUCUCACUCAUGUUGCGGAAGCGCCUGCGCGGCGACGAGGAAGAGGAACAGGAUCCAGAGGAGGCCAAGCUACUGAAAGCGGCCACCAAAAAGUCCAAAGAGCUAAAGAUCACCGACAUGGACGAAUGGAUCGAUUCCGAGGACGAGUCCGACUCGGAGGACGAGGAGGAUAAGAAGAAGAAAGAGCAGGAAGACAGCGAUGAUGACAAGGCCAAGGGCAAGGGCAAAAAGGGAGCGGAAAAGAAAAAAAAGAAGCGAGACGUGGAUGAUGAGGCCUUCGAGGAGUCUGACGAUGGUGACGAGGAGGGCAGGGAAAUGGAUUACGAUACCAGUUCCAGUGAGGACGAACCGGAUCCGGAGGCUAAGGUAGACAAGGACAUGAAGAGCGUGGCCGAAGAGGACGCGCUGCGUAAGUUACUCACCUCUGACGAGGAGGAGGAGGAUGAGAAGAAAUCCGAUGAAUCGGAGAAGGAAGACGCCGAUGGCGAGAAGAAAAAGAAGGAGAAGGGCAAAGACGAUGCCGCUAAGGAUAAAAAUAAGAAGAAGAAAUCAGGCAAGGACGACAAAAAGGGCAAGUCAAAUGGUAGCGGCGACUCCUCAGACACUGACUUCAGCUCCGACAGCACGGACUCUGAGGAUGAUCUAAGCAAUGGUCCUCCCAAAAAGAAGCCCGCCACCAAGGACAAGGACAAAGAUAAAGAGAAGGAGAAGGACAAGGAGAGUGCUGCAGCCAGCAGCAGCAGCAAUGCCAACAAAUCGCGAUCGGCCACGCCAACCCCCUCGACAGACGCCAGCAAACGCAAGAUGAACAGUCUUCCCAGUGACCUCACCGGCUCGGACACCAGCAACAGUCCGACCAGUACACCGGCAAAGAGACCCAAGAACGAAAUCAGCAACUCGCUGCCCACAUCCUUUUCCGGCACUAAAGUCGAGGACUACGGCAUCACCGAGGAGGCAGUGCGUCGCUAUCUCAAGCGCAAGCCUCUGACUGCUACAGAGCUGCUCACCAAGUUCAAGAACAAGAAGACUGGCGUCUCCAGCGACCGUUUGGUUGAGACCAUGACGAAAAUCCUGAAGAAGAUCAAUCCCGUCAAGCACACCAUACAGGGGAAGAUGUAUCUCUGGAUAAAGUAGGUGGAGCAGACAUGUGAUUUAAAUAACUUUGUAAUCCAAAAUGCAUUAUUGUUCGAAAAAUAUACAAAAAUAUUGAAAUCAA